GUAGGUAAUAUGGCGGUUGUUCAGCAACCAGGUAUGAACGGAGACAUACCGAAUUUUAACAUAAUGUCGAGUGGGGAAGAUGCAAAUAUAUCAGGAAAUCUUCAGGAGGAGAUUGAAAAUAUUCAACGUGUUAUUAAAGCAACACGUAAAAAACUUGAGGCUAUGAAUGAAGAAUUUGGUAAACAUCAGCAUCCACCAUCAAUCUAUGUGCAGGAAUAUGAAGAGCUUGCAAAUAAAAUACACGAGUAUCAACUAAAAGAGCAAAAACUUCAAGAUCAAAUUAGCAUGGGAGGCUAUUCUCCACCUUUAACACCACCUCAUGAAAGAGCAGUACACAUGCAGGAAGAACCUCUCUUAUCCCCAGGACCUCCACUUACCCCAAACAACAGCAAUAAUAACCUUCGAUCACUUUCUGCUGGACAGAGAAGUCCACAGUUAGGACCUCGUUCAGCAAAUGCUCAUAUAAAGGCUUACUUACCUAAUAGCAUGGUUACUACAGUUGUUGCCAAACCAGGAACAACCUUAAAAGAAGGUUUAAUGAAGGCAAUGAAAAGAAGACAGCUAGAUGCAUCAAAAUGUCAAGUAUUUAGACAUAAAACAAGAAUUCAGCUUACAUGGAAUACCGAUAUGGGUGAGCUUGCUGGUCAAGAAGUAUCUGUUGAACUAAUGGAAAUUGAUGAUGAAAACAGCAUCACAAGAUCUAUGCCAAGGGCUGUUGUUUUAUCCCACAAUUAUGGUCGAAAGACUUAUUUUUCGUUGACUUUCUGUGAUAUAUGCCGCAAUCUACUUUUUCAAAGUAUUCGAUGUCAAACUUGUGGAUUGAGGUUUCACCAACGCUGUGAAGAUAAAGUACCGCGCCACUGUCAAGGCGAUUUAGAAAUGUACUUACGUAGCAUGAGGGAUUCAUCUCGUGAACUAGUUCAUCAAUAUGUAUCUGAUAGUCAAGGAACAGGAACACCUAGUAGGAGGCAAGGUCAAUCUUCAUCAAAAGGAGGAGGCCAUGUUAGUCGUUCUCCAGCUCCACAAUUAGGUCAUAGAGAGCGGUCUACAUCCGCACCUAAUGUUUGUGCUAAUAUAGUUGACAGUGGAGAUAUGUCUCAGUCGGAAUAUUUAAGACGCUUUAGAGAUCUUCAGAAUACUCAUGCAAAUAUAUUACCAAGCUAUCGUUAUAGUUUCUAUAAGGACAAACGCCAUGCUAGUGAUAGCAGUGCUUCCUUUACAAAAAAUCCUUCAUUAUCUCAAAACAAAGGUCAGCAGUCUCAGACCCUCACCUUACCCUCACAGUCACCAGCUGGUAGCCCUACUAAAAGUGCUCAUUCCUCUCCAACUAUAGCUACCAAACAUGUUCGCCCUAGAGCCAAAUCUGUGGAAACAGAUCCAGGAAAAAGAAUGCGAGCAAGGAGAGACUCAAAUGAAGAUUGGGAAAUUCCAAAUAGUGAGAUCAUGUAUGACCGUCAAAUUGGCUCAGGCUCAUUUGGAACUGUCUUCAAAGCUCAUUGGCAUGGGCCAGUAGCAGUAAAAAAAUUGAAUGUAACUGAUCCUACUCCUGCUCAAAUGCAAGCUUUCAAAAAUGAAGUUGGUGUACUCAGAAAAACAAGACAUUUAAAUAUUUUAUUGUUUAUGGGUCUGGUAUCUAAACCUCACUUGGCAAUAGUAACACAGUGGUGUGAUGGACAUAGCUUGUAUAAACAUUUACAUGUACAGGAAACGAAAUUUCGCAUGGAUCAGCUUACCAUGAUUGCUAAACAAACUGCGCAGGGAAUGGAUUACCUGCAUGCAAAGUCGAUAAUUCAUCGAGAUCUUAAAUCAAAUAACAUCUUUUUAACGGAAGUGUGUACAGAAAAUAUGACCGUUAAAAUAGGAGACUUUGGCUUAGCUACUGUUAAAACAAGGUGGAGUGGGUCUCAUAUGUUUCAGCAACCUUCAGGGUCUAUAUUAUGGAUGGCACCUGAAGUCAUCAGGAUGAAAGAACAAAAUCCAUAUACAUUCCAAUCUGAUGUUUACGCCUUUGGUGUUGUGUUAUACGAAUUAAUGACUGGGUCCUUACCUUACUCCAAUAUUAACAAUAAGGAUCAAAUUUUAUUUAUGGUGGGCAAAGGCUACUUAAGGCCAGAUUUGUCUCGAUGUCGUACAGACACACCUAAGCAACUUAAGCGAUACAUGCAAGAUUGUCUUCAAUUUGACAGAGAUGACAGACCACUCUUUCCGCAGCUUCUUGCAUCACUAGAAGCAUUAUACUCAUCAAUACCAAAAAUAAAGCGUAGCAAAUCUGAACCUACCAUUCACAGAACAGACUCUUUUGAUUUAGAUUUCAAGCAAAUGUGUGCCUCACCUAAAACUCCUAUAAAUAGUCACUUUACGCCUAAAUUUUUCUUCACCGGUGGAAACUACUAGGCCAGUUUGUACUGACUUUUUAAAAUUCUACAGAACAAUCACAAAUUUUGUGUUUUUUAAAUCUAGAAUGUCAUUUUUGUUGACAUAAUUUAUUCUGGUCUGCAAAAGGCACUGAAUGUGCAUUCACUAGAGCUACUGAAGAAACGGGAAAGCAAGUGCACUUCUAAAAAAAAAACCUGAUCUUUUAGAUCUGAAUCAACUCCAGUACAAUUCUAGUCCAAUUAUAUGAUUUACAAGGAUUUUCAGGUUCUAGUCUAUUUCUGUGUGUUGGUGUGCAUUUCUGCUAAAAAAACAAGCGUUGUAUGUUUCGGAAUAUAUGAUUUGUGUGUAUGAAAUAGUCAAAUCCACAUGAUCUCUGGCUGAAAAUGUAAAUAAGCAUCAGAACCUCGUCAGAGAUAUAUUUAUUAUAAAUAUUAUUGUACAUAAAUACAGGAGUAUUGUUGAUGACCAUCACAUGUCAUAACCAUUUUCAUCCAUUUUGUUAACUUAUAGUAUUUAUCAUUUACUACUAAAAAGUUAUGAACUGGAUAACAUGUAAAGUUACUUUUAGGACCUUUACAACGACUGUGGUUUGGCAGAAGUGUGAAGUCAUUAAUAUAGAUAUCUACCAUGUCUUUCUUUGUUUAUUUUAUCCUCAAGUAAUAUGGAUUUUAAAAAAUUAAUUUAGAUAAAUUAUUUAAUGAACUUCAGUUUUUAUAGUUACCCAAUAAUUUGAAGCAAAUAAUUAAAGCAGCAGUACUUUUAAAAAAAUUUUUGAAAAAAAAUGGGUCUGUUAUUCAAAGAAUUCAUUUAUUUUAAAAAGCUGAUUAUUUGGAAGGAAAAAAAAUUCUUUGGUUAAUAAAACACCCAAUUAUUUAACAACAAUUUUAGGCUAAGUCAGGAAUCAAGUAAGAAAAAAAUGUUUAUUUAAAACCAAUUAAAAACAAAGUCAUGAAUGGAGAAAAGUCAAUGUCAUUUCCAUUAUUUAUUUUUAACAGAACAUGGUUUAUUUAUAUUAUCAGUUAUUAUUGAGAGCUAACAAAAAAGACUUACAGAGGCUUGUAACUAUUUCUGCUUCUUAAAAAUUGGAGCAGAUCUGUGAUAAACAUUGGUGGAUUGGAACCCAUUAAUGAACCUUAUGAUCUCAGUGUAGGUCUGCUUUUUUAUGUUCACUUGGCCAGUCAAAUACUCUUUAAAUUUAAAAAAAAGUACUGUUUGAUUUUCAUAAGAAAAUAAGUCUCAACAAAUUUCUCCCAAUGUAUUUACUAGUGCUUAAAUCUUUCUAUCUUUGGGAGUUGAGCAUUUAAAAUCCAUUAAACAUUUUAAUAAUCUCAGUUUGGUGAGCUGUUUUUAAAUUUGCUACAUUUCUUCAAGUUUUUAAAGCUCUUAGUAAUUAAAAUGCAGUUUAUACUACAACAUUUUGUCUGUUAGCUAAGGGACAUAUUAUUUCACCCCAACUCCAUAAUGAAUCUCCUUUUCUAACUAUGUUUAAUUAGAAAUUAACUACAUGCUGCUUACUAUUUUUGUAUAGAAAAAUAUCAAUAUAGGCAUUGAAGCAUAUAAUUUCUGUGUCAGAAUUGAGUACAAAUCUUUGUCUAUAUGUAUCUUCCUUAAAGUUGUUGAUGAUUAGUUAUUGACAUAAGGCUACUUCAGAUGUGAAUAUGAAAGCCUAAUUUUAAAUAGUCAAGUUCAAGAAUUCCAUCAAAAUUUUAAAUCCUAUUCAGAAAAAUAAAUAUUUAUUCUUUGAUUGGCAGUGGAUAAUAUUUUUUUUAAAUUGUUAGUGUUUUGCUGGCAGAAUUAAACCAUAGAUUCACACAUUGGUCGUUGUCCCAUUCAAUAAGAAGUCACAUUUCUUUCUUACUAAUCUGAUUACAAUAAUGGUUUAACCCUAUUAAAAUAUACUCCUGCAAACCAUAAAAGCAUUGAUUUUUUUUUUCCAACAAACACUAGUUACAUUAAAAUGUGUUUAAUUCUCUUAUGUGAACUAUUAUCUAAUUAGUUCUGUAAUUAUUUCCUAAUAAUUUGUAUAAAUUAUCCUAACUGUUGACUGUUCUAUUCAGUAAUUAGCAGUUUGAUGACUUAUAAUAUCUGCUGGUAAGCAUCAUAUUAAAAUAUAAAAUUUCAGAAUUCAGGAAAAUAAUAGUUUCUAAAAAGUUAUGUUGAUUGUCAGGUUUUUUGUUAUUUUAGAGUAUUGGUGUACUUUUGUGUAUGAUUCUUACUAAAAAAAAAUUGUCUUUUACCAGAUUUUUGUAUUCUAUUUUAAAUGCCAUUUACCUAGUUCUACUUUACAUAUUGCAUUGUUUUAUUUUUUGGGUACACAGGCUGUGACUUAUGUUUUAAGAUAUAUUUCUAUACUUUAAUUUCCUGAUUCAUUGCCAUUAGUAAAUUAUAUUUAUACAAUAAGUGUAGAAAAAAUACAUCAUUCCUUAAUAUCUGUGCUUAGUCCAGAUUUCCUCAUCAUUGGGAUAGGAAAACACCAGAUUAUGAUAGAAUCUAUUUAUACCACUUCACCUUUGUAUUCAUACUGAUAGUUGCUGUAAAGUUUGUGGAUAUUGUUAAUUAUACAUAUCUUAUUGAAUUUUUUUAGUAUUACUGGAUCAUACAGUUGUACACCUUUCCUUCAAAGGGUUGAUGUGAAAGAAAAUUGUAAAAAGUAGAUUGCCUGCAGGGCAAAAAACUAUAAUUUUUUAGUUCUUGUCAGUAUUAUUUUAUUUGCACUGUAGAGAAUCAUUUGAUAAUUCCAAUAAAAUAUUAGAUCUGUCUGCUUGAGAAGAUCUUAAUGGAAAUUUGGUUACAGCUGAUUAACUGAUUGUUAAGCAUAAUAAUAACAAAGGUUCAUGAAAUCUUAUUUAAUGUAAAUAUGGCUAUAUGGCUUGACAAUGAUUGUAUGUCUCAUAAAAAUUUCUUAUGCAUUAUGUAAAUCACAUUUGUACUGAAUAUAUAUGGUAAUAAUUCAUGAAAAGUCUAAUCCUUUGUAAUGUAUAUUAAAAUGAUUUGUAUAAUUAAUGUAUUGUCUAAAAAAAUCCAGGUAAAUUUAAUUUUUUUAAAUUGUGUCACUGUAGUAGCGGGUAACUGGUUUUUGAGUGUGGACACCCAAGCCAGCUGCUAAUCCCUUGUUAAGAUGAUAAAAAGUCACAAGUCUAAAUCUAGUCAAUUUUGAACCAACAAGGGCUACAUUUAAUCUAUAUCUCAUUGUGCUGACAAUUUAUAUAGAUACAAAGGUAAUAGCUUGAAAUACUUGGUCACAAUUCGCAUUUAAAUUGGAUUUGAUUUUCUUACUAAUUAUAUAGAUGUGUAGAACAGAGUAAAGAUCUAUUUGUAAAUAAUUGUUACCUCUGUAAAUAGCAAUGACAGUGUGAGUGUGUAAGUACCAAGCUAUCACAGAGAAGACAAAAACUGUCAAUAUUUCUGUUUUUUCUGCCUUAAUUUAUUGUCAUUUUAACUGAUUGUGCUGCUCUUAUUCUUUCAGUUGAUGUGCUUGAGUCCAAACUUUUUUCUUGGGAUUUUUCUUUUAAGGGGCAACCUUACAAUUCUAACAGUUUUAGAAGUUGGUGCUUAACUUCAUUGGCUUUCUGUCGAUUUCUGUUCCUACACUUAUCCAACUGUUAAAUAAACCUACAUGCAAGGCUUGUAUUCAUAUCUAAAACAAAAUUGUUUAUCUCUGGAUAAUCAACCUGGAAACAAUGCAAUAGAUAUGUAAAGAAGUUUUAAAAGCUUAAUAUUUUACAUGUUGUGGGUCUUGUUCUUCACUUGUCAUUUGAUGGGAGCUGACUUACAAUGUUUAUUAAAGAGAGCUUGUAUUAUUUAACUUUUUUUUGGUCAGGUCCUUCAGGGUGUAAUAGCUUUCCCUUGUGUAAAGCUAUUUGUAGCAUGUUUUUAGUGCUGCAUUGAAAAUGUCUUUAAUUUCAACAAGUAUAAUCUAGCACAACUUUGAUAACCUGACUUUAGAAACUACAACUUACAGCAAGCAGCAAUGCUAAUUAAAAUUAUGCAGUUGAACAUUAAAUACUCCUAUUGUUCCUUCUAUUUCAUAUAAUGAAUAAUUAAUUCAACCUAUAGAAAAUAUUUAAAAAAUGUUUUUUAGGUUAAGUCUCAUUUUAGAAAAAUGUAUAAACCUAUUUAUCCUGUCAGAAAAAAAUUCACAGCUUAAAACUUGUUAGUUUCCAUAAUUCUUAAACUUAAAGUGCUUUUUUGUUGGAUUUUAUAAACACAUGAUGCAUUCAUUGUUCACAUUUCAUCCAUUAAGCUCUAUAUUCUAUGUUUAAAACACCAUAUUUGACGGUGAAUAAAACAUAACUACAAUUAAUAUUGACCUUCUUUUGUC